CAUUCAUUCGUUCAUUUCUUUCAUUCGCUCAUUUUUCAACUUGACCGUUCGACCUACUGCGUUCUCGUCUUUCUCAAAAUAUCUUUCCGAAAUUGUUUUAUCAUUCCAGACGAUCGAUAGGCAAACGGUCAACAUGGUUUCCACGAAACCCGCCGCAUCCGCAGGCAUCACCAGCUUCAUCCUGCGAACUCUUCUUUACAGUUUGCUCCUUUCAAAUGUCUUUCCAGUUGUUGGGGCAAACCCAGUGAGCACUGCGGUGAAGAUCUGUAAGAGCUUGAAAUGCUGGGGUAAAAGCGAUUUCGUCCCUGCGCAGAAGAUCAAGGCGCACAAGACCAAAAGCAUUGUAUGCAAAAACAAAAACGCUCCUAAAGAUGUCGAUGGUUGGAAUAUCUCCAAGAAUAAGCCAUGGCCCAAAGUCGAGGACAUCGUGGCUGACAUCAAACUCUGUGGUCUUCUGAAGUCGGAUACACCGACAGCCUUCUACAGUUUUGGAGGAGGCUACUCAAAUGCUGUCAAGUUCCAGGAGAAAUACCCCGACAAGAAAGCUGUCACGAUCAACGAUAUCAUGCCCGAUAUAUGGUACACAGCAGCAAACGCAGCUGCCCCUGGCAUCGAAACACCCUACAGUCCUGCAGCACAAGUCUGGUCGGCUCGGGUAUCACAAGCUUUGGCGACCGCAUCAAGUGGCGACGCCUAUGUCAUAUGCAAGAAUGCAAACAUCUACAGCACGCCGUGGGGAACAGACGAUCGAGACUUCGCAUUCAGAGGCCAACACAAUGUCUGGUUUGACUACGAAUUCGCAACUCUGCAGAGAAACUCUGCGAUCAAUGGCAUAUACACAGUAGCUCACGACACACUCGCAAUUGACGACAGCGUUGAGGGAUCUUGGGUGCGCGACCGUUCUCCCCAAGGAGAGAAAGCAAAGAAUCACGAAAACGCCAACGACGCCACGGAGGAGAAGUAUAAGAAGCAGAAGAAAGAGUGGGAAGACGCUAACCCAAUCCCAGGCCAGGAUUGUGGUGAAGCAUCGAACGCCCAGGAAAAGAGAGCAAAUGCCAAAUCCUCUGGUAAGGCCAGCACUACAAAAGCAGCAUCUUCUGCUUCUGGAUCGUCUGGGGCCAGCGCUGCCGCGUGCACGUUGAAACCCAAGUCUUCCUCUGGUAGCAUCUCGUCUACAUCCUCUUCUUCUGGCAAGCCUUCAUCUACCUCUUCUGGAAAGUCUUCAUCUUCUACCUCUCGUAGUGUUUCAUCCACCAAAAGCGGGAGCACAAAGACUUCUAGCGCCAGUACCCUUGCGACUUCAGUCCGAUCAUCCAGCAGCAAGGCUUCAUCGAAGAGCUCCAGUGGCAAGCCGUCUACUUCUUCAUCGUCUUCCAAGCGCUCUAGCAGCAAGGCCCCUACGAAAUCAGCAUCCAAGACCAGCACACCGGCCUCAAAGACUAGUUCAUCCAAAGCCGCCGCUGCGACGACCAAGAAGACUUGCCCCAAGGGAAAGAAGAAGUGCUAA